CAUCGCCCUGUCGCCCCAAACCCGCCAACAAACCCGCGCAACAAACCCGCCCAGUCUUACCACUCGUCGCGGGUCUAUCUCCUAUGCUCCCAUAACCCGCAUCUAAUCAUGUCCCGGAGGACGCUGGGUGGAGGUCGUGUCCUGGGCACUCCGAACGCUCUCGCAGCAGCAGCACCGACGCCGUCUCCGCAACAGAAGCCAAGCAUCUUAUCGCCGUCCGCCAGCAGCCUCUCCCUCAGUUCCCAGGCCUCCGCCUCCCAGUUCUCAUCCGAAACGCAAGAUCUCACUUCCCGGAUUUCGUUAGAAAAUGGUGCGACGUCCAUAUCGGCGGCCCCGGCGGCUGCCGGAGCUCAGCUUGCUUGUCCGAUCUGCAAUGAGGAGAUGGUGACUCUCCUGCAAUUGAAUAGACACCUCGAUGACGUACAUCAAAACCUCGAAGACGACCGGCAAGAUGAGGUCAAGGAUUGGUUCAAGGUGCAGAUGGAAAAGGCGAAGCGCUUCCAGCCUCUAGCUGUAUUGAAUCAGAAACUAAAAGGGCUGGACGUCUUCGAGUCGAACGAGAACCAUCACCCAUCCGUUGGUGCAAGUCGGCCCGCUGCGCCCCAGCCUUACAACGAGCCGCCGAGAGUACUGGACCCUGAAGACAUCAUCACAAAGGAUCACUGGCAAGCUCGGGGAUUAUACGAUACCUGUCUGGAGCCGUCGUGCGGGAAGCGCCUGAAUGCCACGAAUGGCUGCGUCAACUGUCGCAAGUGCGGGAAGCUCUUUUGCGAAGAGCAUACCAUGUACCAGAUGAAACUGUCCAGAUCGGCGCAGCAUGAGCCUGUGAGGGGUUUGUGGUAUAGAGUAUGCGAGACCUGUUAUAAAUCAAGGGAAGGGUACAACGACCAUAAUGGCCUGGUCCGAGACCGAAUGGACGAAUUCAAGGCUGUGAGGAAGCAGACCGUCGACAAAGCUACAUUGGAAAUUUCUCGGCUGGAAAAGCGAUUGACACGACUCACUCAGCUAUUAGCGAGUCUACCUCCGGAUCAGAUACAAGGAGGAAAACGAUGGCCAAUUUCAUGGCAAAACGACCAACGGAAAGCGCUCGAGCAGACUAUUGUUAGCUGGCAGGACGAUACUGGCGUACUUCGGUGUCCGUUCUGCCAGCAGGAGUUCACCAGUUAUACCUUUCGCAGACACCAUUGCAGAACUUGCGGGCGGGUUGUGUGCGGUGACCCUGCGACUGGAUGUUCCAGUGAAGUUCCUCUUAGUAUAACACCUCUGGCCAAAGCGACUGGGGAAAAGACGCCGAAUGGGCGUGCUAUCAAUGUUGACAUAAGGCUUUGCAAGGAGUGUAAAUCGACCCUGUUCGACCGACGGGACUUCCAAGCAGAUAUCAUGCGCAGACCUCCGGACGUCAGAGCGUACGAGAAUCUGGCGCAAUUUGAGAGGGGCAUUCGGCUGCUCUUGCCCAAAUUUCAGAAGCUCCUCACAACUUUGCAACCCAAGGCGACCCCUUCUGCGGCUCAGAUUGCCGAAGCUUCAAAAGUCCGGAAACGACUUACUGAUUCCUUCGCCCAGUAUGAUGUCGCCGCCAGGCGUAUUCGUGAUAUGCCAACCGAUUCACCAACACAACAGCGGCUUCAAAAGGCCAUCUACCAACAAGCCACUAACUUCCUGCACCUUCACAUGCUUUCGCUGAAAGCUUUGCCCAGGAUUCUCAAGCAUGCAACACCAAACGGGCGACCUGCAAGCCCAGCCAGCUCAAUUGCGACUCCAACUAAUCAUGCAGUGGGUGGCCACCCAGCAAGAGAGUCGGCUCUCGCAUCCAUCAAGUAUAAUGGCAUAGCUGCGAGCGGGAGUAAUACCAGCCUAGCAAGCGACACAAGUAGUGCCGUCUCUGCUUUGGAAGCAGAGGAGAAGGCACUGAGCGAACGCCUUAUCGUCUUAGAAGAACAGAAGUUCUUUGUCUCGGAAAUGAUUGCGGAUGCGAACAGACGUCGCAAAUUUGACGAGGUCAGCAGCCUCGCCAUGAACGUCGAGGAUCUGAGUCGGGAGAUAGACCGGAUCAAUGGCAUGUUGGCUGCACUUGACUUUGAGGGCGUAUAUACCGGCAACCAGCUUCGCGCAUAGUCUGAGGCUGGUGCUUUGCUGCAAUUACGCUGCAUAUUUCUGGAUUGAAUUGUAUUGCUUGCUAUAUUCGGUCCGGUGGCCUAUUGGUUAUUGGGUUCAGCAUGGCGUUUGAUAUUGCAUAGCAUGAGGCGUUCUGGGUAUAGCAUGCGCUAUUGAGGUUGUAUCUAUUGUGAUUAUUGCAAAUUCUAUAGUCAAAACCAUUCGGGUCCG